AUGUUGGAGCGGUUACUGAAGUUCCGUGAUAUCUGCGAGACCAAUGAAGAGCUUCAUAUGUCACAAGAAGCAUGGACAGAGAUUAAAAGUAUUGUCCAAACUCUUACGACUUGCAGAAUAGCCACUAAAAAUCUACAACGUGAACAGUUGACUUUCGGGGAUUUAUACAAAGAAUGGACAUGUUGUAUCCUCCGCACACAAAAGUUUGGCACAACAUUAUCUGAAGCCUUAGUGCGAGCAAUGAAAGCCCGAGAAAAGCAACUUUUUCAAUCAGAACCAUUUCUCGCAGGAAUGUUCAUGGAUACCCGUUUUAGUAAAGUGAGAAAAAACACAAGCGCCGAUACAAUAUCUGAUACAGCAGUUUCCGGUAAUGAGGAAUCGGAUGCAGAUGAAAUGGAGACAUUGCUCCGAAACGCGGAAAAGAAAAAAAGACGCCGUCGGAACAAAUGCACAACUGUUAUUGAAAACAUUAUCAAUGCCCUUGAGACCCAUGCAAAACAUACAAGGCUAAAGACCAAAGAAAGCAUUUUAGAGUUUUGUGAAAACAAAAAAUUAGUGAUGCCAGAACUGUAUGAGCUCUCAAAGAUUAUUUUAGCCGCUCCGUCUACACAGGGCAUCACCAAGGUCAGGUCAAGAUCACAUCAGAUCAUCCCGCUCCUCGAGAAGGUGGUCGGCACUCUCUUCCCCGUGAGGGGGAAAGAGGUGAGGGAGAGUGCCUGCCCGCCGGAGGAUUGGACGGAGGAGCUGAGUGUCACCGAGGGGGAGAUGGCGGCAGCCUUCGCCCGUCUGAAGG